AUGUCGCUCCCAGCCAGCCAUGAGGUGCUGACGUUCCUUGCGGAUCCAAACCCCCAGGUGCGCCAGGUCGCGAUGGCCAAUGUGGUGGGCUUUAGUGCGCAAAGCAGCCCCAACCGCGCGCUGCUCACCGACAAGGUGACCGACAGCAACGGCGAGCCGCUCAAGAUCUGGGACGACUCGCCACUGGAUGUGCUGCAGUCGAUCAAGAACCUGUGCCAUGACCAGCCUAUUACGAUGCACGACGCGCUCAGUGCGCUAAUCAACCUCACCGACAGCCCCUCGGUCGCGCUGCGCAUCGCCGACCCCGAAUUUCUCAAGUUUUUGGUGGCCUACAUUGGCGACUCGGUGUCACUCCUGGCGGAUCUGGCGUGCAUGCUCCUCUCGAAUCUGACCAAGUUUGAGCCGGUGUGUGCGCGCCUGCUCGAUAUGGUCGUCGAGGACCGUCCGUUUUACUCGUUCCUCUCGCCGCUCGACUUGCAGCUCUCGCUGAGCGGCCUCGACGCGGACCCCUCGCAGCCCGACUAUGAGGAGCGCAAGCGCGCGACCGCCGAGGCGACCGAGCGCCUGAGCCAGUCGGUGCGCGCGGCUGACGCGGUCAAGUUCCCUGCGCUCGUGAAGCUGAUCCGUGCGUUUGAGGAGGGCGCGUCGGUCGAGUCAAGCAGCGCGAGUGCGAGCGACAUGCGCGCGCGUGUCGCCGCGACGAAGCGCGACAACGAAGGGCGCCCGGUCGAGAUGGGCGCCGACGGCCGCCCCGAUGUGCGCCGCAAGUCCAACUGCAACUUUCUCGCGAGCGUCUUUGCGAACGUGACCGUCUUGCCCCGCGGCCGCGACUUCUUCGUGCAGCCAAUCGAAGGCGCGGACAAGGACAGCGCGGACGCCUACCCCGUCGGCCGCAUCAUGGUUUACACUGAGCACGCGGACCUUAUCCGGCGCGGCGGCGUAAUUAGCGCGCUGAAAAACAUCCUCUUUAUCAAGAGUGCGCACAAGCUGAUCCUUGCGCCGGGCCCUACGAUGAAAGAGUACGAAAACUACCAUGCGCCGGUCGACAUCCUGCCCUACCUGCUCAUGCCGCUAAUCGACGGCAAAGAGCUCGCCAAGGUCGACCUCGACGACCAGGAGGCGCUGCCCGAGUCGUGCCAGCUCGUGCCGGAAGACAAGCCGCGCGAGCGCGAUGCGGCGCUGCGCCUGAUGCUCGUCGAGUGCCUCCUCCUGCUGUGCACCUCGCUGUACGGCCGCGAGUGCCUGCGGAGUCGCGGCGCGUACAUUGUCGUGCGCGAGGCGCAUCUUGCCGAGCAGAAGGAAGAGAUCACCGAGGCGAUCGUGCGUCUUGUCAACCUUCUCAAGCGUGAAGAGUCCGAUGCGACGCUCGCCGGGGGCGGCGACGUGGACGUCGGCGCAGAAGACAACCAGGACGACGACGACGACGACGACCUAAUUAUUGAGGAAUUGUAG